GUCCGCGAGCGUAAAUAAACAUAGCCGAGUUGAGCCAUCGCGAAAGCCUCACGCGUGGGAAAUUCACGUGAUUUGAAGGAUUAACUGGAUUUCCUGUCUGAGCUCGAUUUGAUCCCGGAUUGGAAUACAAUACUGCGUUGGAUAGGAUCGACAGUGUAAUUUACGCUAUAAUGCUUUUCAAACCAUGGUUAGACGUUCCUCCUCCUCGUCACGAACUCCACGAUGAUUCUUCAUCAGACGAGGACAUACAUCCAGGCGCGACGGACGAAGACGACGGCCUCUUUGAGCAGCAAGAGACAUCUCUGCAGGAUACAAUUCCUGUGAGUGUAAUCGAUGUCUUGGUGAAUGAUGAAAUCUCGCGGUUAGUGGUCGUUUCUCCCGCUUUGGAGCCGGUCAUGCUCGGACUCGGCCAGUCGCAACAAGUGGGUUCAGCUACGCUGAACUUUGCGACCGCGCUCAAGAAAGUCAAUCUUCUGGUUAUGGAGAUAAUGUACAAUCCGGCCCUGCGGUUUCACUGGAUCAAAAUACCCCAGGUGCCGCCAAAGGAGUGCUACACGCUCGCACAGUAUCUCCUUACCGAGCUUCAUCCAGAAAUUUUGGUCAUCAUGGCCCCUCUCUUUGUCGAUCUGGAGCAUCCCAUACAAGUUCUCGCGAGCUCGAAAUCGGGAGUUAGGUUUGAGGAGUCUCUGCACUUGAAACCACCGCAUCAUAUUACCGGAAUUAACGCAUCGCUGAUAUCUUACGCCGAGAUCUCUCAAUCAAAAGCCGUAGCUAUAUUAGUAGCGGGCGAGGGUGUUCCUGACCAUGAAUACGUGGAAGAGGAGUAUACAAUGGAGGCAGCCAACACGCUGUCAAAAGUACUUGAUGCGAAUGGUGCUCCUUACAAACUCGAUUUGGCUGUGAUCCGCCAUAGAGUCAGAUCCAAUGGGAUGUACGUUUAGUCUUAAUAAAAAGUAUUAGCA